UACCUCUAAUUUCGUUUCCUUUCCCUUCGUUUCCUCUCGCUUCUCUCAGGGCAUGGAUUAGAAAUGUCGCAACGGAAAGGCAGGUCUAAACAGAGCUGAAAAGGCCCAAGGCACUGCAAAAUGCCCGUUUCCUUCACUUCUUUUCUUUCGUCUAAUCUCCACAACUGAAACUUCAGUUUCGCGCCUCUCUGUGACUCUGUCAUCUUCCAGAGCUCAAACCAUAGAGAACCAAACUUUGUUCUCAGAAUGGAACAUUUUGAUUAUCUCACAGUAGAAGACGACGACCAACUAGAGGAAGGGGCACGACAUAGAAGCAGUGUUUUCUUGCUGCUAAAACCCUACUGUUUGGAGCUUCUAGCCCUUCUCCAAAACCCUAAAAAAGACUCCUCUGCAAUCCAUUCAUUCCUCCAGUUCCUUCGUACCUCUCCUUCUGACGCCCUCCAACCUUUCUUCGACUAUACCUUGUUCCCAUUGCUGCUUCUAUUGGAUACAGCAGUUGGUAGUAGAACUUCGAAGAAGGAUGCUGAGGAUAAAGCUGACUCCAAAAAUUUGCCUCACAAAGUGAGUGAUAAAGUGGCGGAAGGCAUCCUGCAAUGUUUGGAGGAGCUUCUGAAGAAGUGUCAUUUGGGAUCUGUGGAUCAGAUGGUCGUACUUAUGAAAAAAUUGACUCAUGCGGCUAUGCUUUCUCCCCUUGAGGCUUCAGAAGAGUUUCGUGAAGGAGUAAUCAAGUGUUUUAGGUCUCUAAUACUAGGUUUGCCUCCUUGCAUUGAUGAAGCUUGCUCAUGUAGACAGAGCCUUGGUUUGCCUUCACUCUUAGAAAGUGUAGAUACACAAGCUUUAGCCUGUGGGACUCCAAAAUAUCGUUCAGAUCGAGGAGAAUGUUUACUUGCAUUUCUCCAGUCACAAACUGCUGCAGCUGCUGUUGGACAUUGGCUAUCACUUCUUCUCAAGGCUGCAGAUACUGAAGCAGCACGAGGACAUCGAGGCAAUGCAAAGAUCCGUGUUGAAGCAUUUUUUACCUUACGAAUACUUGUAUCUAAGGUUGGUACCGCAGAUGCGCUAGCUUUCUUUCUGCCUGGUGUUGUUAGUCAAUUUGCCAAAGUUUUGCAUGUCUCAAAGACAUUAAUUAGUGGGGCUGCUGGAAGUGUAGAGGCUACUGAACAAGCAAUUAGAGGGUUGGCCGAGUAUUUGAUGAUAGUUCUUCAGGAUGAUGCUAAUGUAUCUAGCCUCGACAUACCCUUAAAUGUGAUGUCUGGAUUUAGUUCAAACAAGAAUGAACCUUUCCAUUCACUUCUGGAUGAGCUUCGCCAUUUGCCCAGUAGCACUCAAGGUCCGCGUAAAACUGUGGCUGAAGAAUCAGUUGGUGUAGCAGUGGAUUUGGAUUCCCAUGGAUCUGAUAUAAAAAUAAAUAGGGACAAUAAAUUUGGCAAGGAAAUAGGAUCUUUGCAUGUGGAUCGUACAAGAGAUUGGAUUGAGAAAACUUCAGUGCAUCUGGAUAAAUUAUUGAGUGCCACCUUUCCACAUAUAUGUGUUCAUUCAGCAAAGAAGGUUAGACGAGGACUACUGGCUGCCAUACAAGGACUGUUAUCAAAGUGCAGUUACACUCUGAAGGACAGCAGAUUGAUGCUUUUGGAGUGCCUCUGUGUCUUGGUUGUUGAUGAUUCUGAAGAGGUGUCUGCACCCGCUCAGGAAUUUAUUGGAUAUUUAUUCUCUUCGAGUGCAAAACAUCAUGUACAACAUGAUAUUGCUGAAAUAUUUAGCAGGCUCAUUGAGAAGCUUCCAAAAGUAGUAAUGGGUAACGAGGACUCGCUCGCUCUCUCUCAUGCUCAAAAAUUGCUUGUGCUCAUAUAUUAUUCUGGUCCUCACUUUGUGUUGGAACAGCUUCUGUCUCCGGUAACAGCUGCAAGAUUCUUGGAUGUUCUUUUCCUCUGUCUGAGUCAGAAUUCAUUGUUUGCUGGUGAUCUUCACAAACUUACUUCAGCAAGGCCAUCCUCUGUUGGAUUUCUUCCUUCUGUUGCUGAGUUGAAAGCUAAUUCUCACUUUCUCACUGAUUACCAAACCAUCAUAGAUUCUGCACCUUCUGAUAUAAAGCUAAGAGAUAGUCAAGCAAGAAGAACUCAAUACCAAUUGGAAAUUGUGGAUGAUAACUAUAAACUUCCCCGUAUGCCUCCUUGGUUUGCUGCUGUUGGCAGUCAGAAAUUAUAUCAGGCUCUUUCAGGAAUUCUUAGACUAGUAGGUUUAUCUUUAAUGGCAGAUUUCAAAAGUGAAGGGUAUAUGUCAGUUGUUAUAGAUAUCCCACUUGAUUACCUGCGCAAACUUAUAUCCGAGGUCCGUAUCAAAGGAUACAAUAAAGAGAGCUGGCAAUCUUGGUAUAGCAGGACUGGCUCCGGACAAUUACUGCGGCAGGCCAGCACUGCAGUAUGUAUCUUGAAUGAGAUGAUAUUUGGCCUAUCAGAUCAGUCGGUCGAUAGUCUUAUGAAAAUGCUUCGGAAGUCCAUUGUUAAGAGGCACGAGAUUCAAGAAUUUGAUGCAAGUGUUGCUGAUGGUCAGCCUUGCACAGAUGAAUGUUCUGAGCUUACUCAAUCUAUUUGGAAGUUUUCACUGGCAAAGGCUUGUAGGAGUCACUUGAUUGAUUGCAUAGGUAGAAUUUUACAUGAAUUUCUAUCAUCUGAAGUUUGGGAUCUUCCAGUGGAUUCCAAACCAUCUCACAUUCAACUUGAUGGUGAAGUUGAAGAAAUUCCUUCUCACUUCUUCCAUGAUACUGCUAUGCUACAACAGGUUAUUAUUGAUGGAAUUGGCACCUUUGCUGUAUGCCUGGGAAAAGAUUUUUCUUCUAGUGGAUUUCUUCACACAUCUCUUUACCUUUUGCUUGAGAAUCUUAUUUGCUCAAACUUCCAUGUUAGGAGUGCUUCUGAUGCUGUUUUACAUGUCCUUGCUUCUACAUCUGGCCAUCCAACAGUCGGGCAAUUAAUCUUGGCAAAUGCGGAUUACGUAAUUGAUUCAGUAUGUCAGCAAUUACGUCAUUUGGAUCUUAACCCGCAUGUGCCUAGUGUUCUUGCUUCCAUGCUUUCUUAUGUUGGAGUGGCUCAUAAAAUAUUGCCUUUGUUGGAGGAACCGAUGCGUUCUGCUUCACAAGAACUUGAGAUUCUUGCCAGGCAUCAGCACCCAGAAUUAACUAUUCCCUUUUUGAAGGCUGUGGCUGAAAUUGCCAGGGCAUUAAAACGUGAAGCUUCUUCAUUGCCCACUAGAGCAGAAUCGUAUCUGAUGCAUGUCAAAUCCAACAUAACGAAGGAAGUUAGAGAAGAAGCAAGCCAAAUUUCACCAUCAAAUUUUGACAAUCACACUGACAUGUCUCAAAUGGAAUCAGAUGGAGUAUUUUGUUCUUCUUUUGAUGAAGAUAUCACUCACGGAGAGCAAUGGGAGAGUAUUUCGUUGAAGUUGAACGAUUCCAAAAGAUACAGAAGAAUCAUCGGAUCUAUUGCUGGUUCAUGCUUAACAGCAGCAACCCCUCUACUGACUUCAGUGAAGCAAGUAACAUGCUUGAUAGCCAUGGAUAUAAUUGAGGAUGGCAUCAUAACACUUGCCAAAGUGGAAGAAGCUUAUCAGUUUGGAAAGGAAACUAAAGAAACAAUUGAGGAGGUGAUUCGUUCAAAAUCAUUGUAUCAGCUUCAUGAUACUUUGGAUGCUGCAGAGGAAGGAACUGAUGAGAACAGAUUGCUUCCGGCAAUGAAUAAGAUAUGGCCCUUCCUUGUUGCUUGUAUUAAAAAUAAAAAACCAGUGGCUGUGAGGAGAUGUACAAGUGUGGUAAGCAAAGUAGUGCAAAUCUGUGGGGGAGAUUUCUUUUCGCGCCGCUUCCACACUGAUGGGUCGCAUUUUUGGAAACUGCUUUCCUCAUCUCCAUUUCAGAGGAAGCCCUUCUCGAAAGAAGAAAUAAUUCCAUUACAACUUCCUUACAGAAGCAUUCCUAAUUCUUCAGAGGACACAGCGGCUGAAGUUUCAAACUUAAAAGUCCAGGUUGCAGUGCUUAACAUGGUAGCUGAUUUAUCCCGAAACAAAAGAAGUGCUUCAUCAUUGGAAGCGGUCCUUAAGAAGGUUAGCGGUUUGGUUGUGGGGAUAGCUUGUAGUGGUGUUUCUGGCCUUCAGGAUGCAUCUGUUAAUGCUUUACAUGGACUUGCAUCCAUUGACCCUGACCUUAUUUGGCUUCUAUUAGCCGAUGUAUACUAUUCUUUGAAGAAGAAAGACCUGCCUUCUCCACCUGCUUCAAGUUUUCCACCCAUCUCUCAGUUGUUGCCCCCACCAUCUUCUCCUAAAGGAUACCUCUAUGUACAGUAUGGAGGACAAAGCUACGGUUUUGAUAUUGACUUUUCUGCUGUAGAAACUGUAUUUAAGAAACUACAUGCCCUUGUUUUUAGUACUCAGAAUGUAUAGGUGUUUACAGAGUCGUAGCUUUUAGCCAUUAGUCUAUUUCUAGAGCUGGAUUGUGGUCUGCUGUUUCUUUUUAAUAAUCUCUCUCGCCUUUUUUUUUUC